AUGUCGUCAUCCAUCACCAUUCCAACAACCCGAUCUUCGGCUUCAACAGAUGCAUUUCACGCCUCGUCAAAGACUCUUGGUGGCUCAUCCAUGAGCUCCUAUUCAAGCUCUCCCUCACGUUCCUCGCCUUCUACGAGCCCAAAUACAAAGAUGCUGCACACACGGCGACCCAGUUUGUUGAGCUCGGCCAUCUCCAAGCAGGAGAGCACCGUCAUCAAUAUUGGCGACCCUGAUGGACCACCCCGUCUGAUCUCAUACCUGUCCUCCAGUCAGGGAUUCGUCUGGAAUCCAGAAAUAUUCCUGCCCUCAUAUGUCGACUGCGACUACGUCCCGCUCGAGAACCAGCGUGAGCCGGUCCACGAAAUCAUUCUCAGCGACGAAGAAUCUCGGAAUAUGCUGCCGCAUUAA